GUGUUUGUCGGCGGGGCGCCGGCGGGGCGGUACCGGGGCCCGUCGUUAGAUGGCACCAGACCAUCGAGCAAUGCCCGCUCCGCGCCGGGGGUGCGGCGGGGCGGGUCGGAGAGCAUCCCCCGCUCCUGACGCGCCGCGCUUUGCUUUGCAGCGGGGCAGCAUGGUGCAGAUCGUGGUGUCCAGGGCCGGGGCCGGGGGCCUGGAGGAGUGGGUGCUGGUGGAGCUGCAAGGGGAGAUCCAGGCGCGCUGCAGCGGGGGGCUGGCCGGAAACCUCCUGGGAGACCUGCACUACACGAGCGAGGGGGUCCCCGUGCUCAUCGUGGGCCACCACAUCCUGUACGGGAAGACCGUGCGCCUGGAGAAGCCCUUCGCCGUCCUGACCAAGCGCGGAGCCGGCGAGCAGGGGGCCGACCCCAGCCCCGGCACCCACUACCUGGUGACCGCCCUGAUCAAGACCAAGCUGCUCUUCAAGACCCGCCCCAAGCCCAUCAUCACCAACGUGCCCAAGAGGGUGUGAGGGGCCCGGGGCCCGAGCCCUCCCCCGCCAACACCCAGCCCGGACCGCGCCCGGCUCCCACCCCGGGGCAGGAGUUUUUGGGCCCCGAGCCCUGCUCUUUUCCCCGUGGCAGCCCCGUGACUGUAUCGUGGCCAGAGCCCCCCACGCCCACGCAUGGGUGACCCCAGCUCCCGGCCUGCAGCGACUGGGGCACAGCACUUGGGGCAGGUCCAGGUCAUCCCCCCCGGGACGGCGACUGUGGGCAGCGGAGUCGCAGCAGCCGCCCUGUGUGCAAGUGUCUUUAUUGUGACAAACCCGUCGGGAUAUAAAAACAGACCUUCCAAAAUAUGAAAAAACGCAGGUAAAAAAUAAAUAGCUUUACAAACA